ACCUAGCCGCCGCCCGCUUUUGCACAAUUCCUCUUUUCUCUCCCACCACGAACCCUAGCCGCCGUCCCUCGCGGUGGCGUGAUGCCGUGAGCCGUCAGCCGUGACCGAGGAGCGCCGCGCGCCUCUGACCGAUGAGCGACGAGGACCGGCGCCCUGAGCUGCUGCCCUGACCGGUGACGACGAGCCGACCACCAUCCGCGACCACUGUGCCCCUUGCGUCGCGCCGCCAAGCCCGACCCUCUUUCGUCGCUCCACUGCCAGUGACGGGGACAUCCGCCGACGGUGCUCCAUCUCCUGGCUGCUGCAGUUCGUCACCACCUCUCGUCCUCUUCGAGAUGCUUUCUAUACUGGAAUCUGAACAUGAUGAGGGAUUGAAGGACAAAGAUGAUGCAUUUAUGAGUGUAGAUGCAGAGGUAGAUGCAGAAGCAGAUGCAGAAGCAGCGGCUGCAGAAGCAGGAGACGAAUCAUUCUUACGUAGCAUCAUUGAAGAUGAAGAUGCCGAAGCAAAAGUUGGUGAAGGUGCCAAUCCAGAAGCUGCUCAAGAUGACAAGCCAAAAGGACGGAAGCAAAUGGCGUCAAGAUCACAAAUCUGGGAGCAUUUUACCAAAGUUUUUGAUGACAAGGGGUUAGUAAAGGAAGGAAAAUGCAAGUAUUGUGACCGACCAAUUCAAGCUACUACAUCAAUCAAUGGAACAACAGCAAUGCGCAGGCACUUUGGUACAUGCAAGCGCAGUCCGAAUAAGAAAAUGGAUCCAAAUCAGACCACUUUGCAAGCAACUCCAGGAGAUGGCAUUAAUACUUGGAGAUAUGAUGCAGAAAAAGUUAGGAAGGCAUUUGCUGUGAUGGUCAUAGAGGAUGAACUGCCUUUUGCAUUUGGUGAGAAAUCUGGAUUCAGAAAGUUCAUUUCAGUCGCUUGCCCCCGCUUUAGUCCACCAUCAAGAAGAACUUGUACUAGGGACACUGUCAAAAUCUAUCUAGAUGAGAAAUGCAAGUUGAAAAAGUUUUUCAAAGAGAAUUGUGGAAGUGUGUGUGUAACCACUGAUUGUUGGACUUCUCAGCAGCAAGAUGGCUAUAUGGUAGUGACUGCACACUUCAUUGAUGAAGAGUGGAAGUAUCAUAAGAAGAUUAUUAAUUUCAUUAUGGUGAAGGGCCACAAAGGGAAGGAUCUUGGGAAGAACUUGCAGAGAUGUUUGAUGGAAUGGGGGCUAGAGAGAGUUAUGACAGUCACCGUGGAUAAUGCAAGCAAUAAUGAUGGCUGCAUUGUUCACUUGAGAAAGUGCAUGGUUGAGGCCAAAACUAGCAUAGCUGCUGGAAAGUUUUUGCAUAUGAGAUGUGCGGCACAUAUUGUCAACCUUAUUGUACAAGAUGGCCUAAAAGAAGUUGAACUUUCAAUCAAACGUGUCCGAGCUGCUGUGCGAUACAUCAAGAAUGGGACUUCUCGGUUGGUAAAAUUCAAAGAGCUAGCAUUGGAAGAAAAAGUUAAGAGCAAAGCAUUCUUGAACCUAGAUGUAUGCACUCGGUGGAACUCAACUUACAUAAUGUUGAAGGCUGCCAUCACCUACGCGAAGGUGUUUACAAGGUACUGUGAGGAUGACCCAUUGUAUGCGUUGGACUUGUCUGAAGAAAAAGGAGGAUUUGGGUAUCCAGAUGAAAUGGAUUGGGAAAAUGCUAGGAAAAUGGCUGCCUUUCUUGCUCAUUUUUAUGAUCUUACUGUUCGUGUGUCAUCCUCACUUCAUGUCACUUCCAACAACUUUCUUUUCGAGGUUGGCAAUAUACACAUAUUGGUUCAAAAUUGGAUGAGCAGUACAGAUCCUUUGCAAAAAGCUAUGGCAGAGAGGAUGAAAGAAAAGUUUGACAAAUACUGGGGGUCUUGGCAUGAGAAUGAAAAGGUGAAGGAUAAGGGUCCUAUUGUAAAUGAAAGAGGGAAAGGGAAGAAGAAGGAGAAGGAGGAGAAGGAGAAGGAAAAUCUCAACUUGCUCAUUUUUAUUGCUGCAGCUCUUGAUCCAAGGUAUAAGCUUUCUGAUUUCACUAGGCUCACUACUUUGGAAAUAUUUGGUGUUGAGUCUGGAGAGAAGGUGUGGUAUGCUGUCAACAAAUGUGUUCGCGAGUUGUUUGAAGAAUACCGAGUAAGAUUGACUACACCAGAACCAACAACACCAGCCAUUAGCCAAGUAACAAUAGAAGGAGGAGGAGCAAGUAUGAUGAAGGAACUAAUUGCAAGUAGGUUGAGGCAAAAUAAUAGUGGAGGAAGUGCAAGUAGUAAAUCUGAGCUUGAAAAAUACCUUGCUGAAGACUCUGAAGACCCUGACAAAAAAAUUGACAUCCUAGGAUGGUGGAAAGAGAAUUCAUAUAGGUUUCCAAUCUUGGCAAAUAUGGCUCGUGAUAUUCUUGCUAUCCCCAUUACAACUGUGGCUUCUGAGUCUGCCUUUAGCACAAGUGGACGCAUACUUGAUGACUUUAGGACAUCUCUAACUCCGUUUAUGGUGCAAGCUUUAGUUUGUACGCAAGACUGGCUGAGAAGGUCAACAGAUCCGGUCGACAUCAAGGAGAACUUGGAAGAAUUAGAAGUGCUAGAAAAAGAGUUGAUUGAAGAAUUUGGUGACAAGGUGAAGGGAAAGCGCAAGUUCAAUGGUGAUGGUGUUGCUUCUUCCAUGGCCAAGUCAAACAAGUGUGCAAGUCGACCAACAAAGUGA